AUGAAUUGCUUGCCUACGACCUUAAUCAUCACCUGCAAGACUACAUUGAUCUCUGAUAUGGCCGUGGCUAUUGAUCCAUUUAGUGACCAGUUCCCUUACUUCAACCGAUCUUCACAAAGAUGCAGACUCUUAUCCCUAACCAACCUCGACUUCAACUUCCUUGGAUCUAGCCUAGCGCAAUCCUUAAAUGGAAUGUCUCAAGAUGACAACAUACACCGAAGCGUCUCCUCUCCUUGCUUCUCCAUAGCUGCGUCUGCUAAUAUGGAGGAAGACAAGAAAGCAACUGGUGCUCCACGGAUUGAGAUUCUUGGUGGACAGAGUGUGCCUACUGUCCGUGCCCUUGUGGCUGAGGUCACCAUGGCUAUUGUAUCUGGAGCUCAGCCUCUGCUUUUACCAAGUGGCUUGGGAGGUGCUUAUCUUUUACAAACCGGGAAAGGUCAUAACAUCGCUGUGGCUAAACCGGUUGAUGAGGAGCCUUUGGCCUUAAACAAUCCUAAAAAAUCUGGAAGUUUGAUGUUGGGACAACCGGGAAUGAAACAUUCUAUACCUGUUGGUGAAACAGGUAUCAGAGAGUUAGCUGCUUACCUUCUUGAUUACCAAGGCUUCUCUGGUGUUCCACCAACAGCUUUGGUUAGCAUCUCUCAUGUCCCGUUUCACGUCAGCGACGCCUUCUCCUUCUCCUCGUUUCCCUAUAAGGUUGCUUCCUUGCAGCGGUUUGUGUGUCAUGAUUUUGAUGCGGGAGAGUUAGGGCCAGGAAGCUUUACGGUUAGCUCGGUUCACAGGAUUGGGAUACUUGAUGUGAGAGUCUUGAACCUUGACAGGCACGCAGGGAACAUGCUGGUGAAGAGUUGUGACCAAGAGAAGCGUUAUAACCGAGUUGGGACCGCGGAGCUUGUGCCUAUAGAUCAUGGUCUCUGCCUCCCUGAAUGCCUAGAUGAUCCUUACUUUGAAUGGCUAAACUGGCCUCAAGCUUUGGUUCCAUUCACCGACACUGAGCUGGAGUAUAUAUCCAAUCUGGAUCCUCUAAAAGACGCAGAGCUUCUGAGAAAUGAACUACAGUCUUUGCCGGAAUCUGCUAUAAGGGUCCUCAUUGUCUGCACUGUUUUCUUGAAACAGGCGGCAGCUGCAGGGCUCUGUCUCGCAGAGAUAGGCGAGAAGAUGACAAGGGAUUUCUCUAGAGGGGAAGAUAGUUUCAGUCUGUUGGAGAACCUCUGCACCAAAGCGAAAGCAACUGUAGUUGACAAAAAAAAUGAAGUGAACGCGGAGCUAGACUCUGAAAUGUAUAAGUUUGACGGUGGAGAUACACCAUGUGAAGUGGAGAUUACUACAGAGGUCUUUCAUGUAUCUAAACCACCUUUGGCUCCAAAAGGGCCACGUGCAAACUCCAUACCUGCUUCGAUAUUGUUCUCACAGAACCAGCGGAUUACUGUGAAUGCAAAAGAAAAGAAGAGAGGAGGCACCAUGAGGAGCAGGAGCCCACCGAUGCGUGUGAACCAUGCUGAAUCAGAAGGUGUUUCUUUCGGGGACAUGACAACAGUCCAAUGGGACAUGUUCCUGCAAAACUUCCAGACACUUUUGCAAGAUGCACUGAGCAAAGGGUCAGUGCCAAGAUUAGGAAAACAAUAAUAAAAAAAAGACAGGAAAACAACAACCAAAGAGAUGAAAAUCUCAGAAGGUUAAUCUUAUAGAGGUAACAAGUGUGCAUUACUGCCAAGAUGACCAUAGUGCAGGCUGUAGGCUAACUAUUAAUACCUUAGAAAGCAUAUGGAUUCUGAGACGAGCAUACUAAGCCGUCCAACUCCAUUAUACUUCUUAUUUUUCUUCUUUCUCAUCCCUUAUUGUAUUACAUUAAGUACCAUAAAUUUCUAAAUAAAACAAAACCAAUUGUAAUAUAUGCACUCAACUUAAAGGUUCCUAGUGCUUUACAUGCA